GGACGGGGAGGAAGGUUGGCUGAGGUUCUUCUCAUCCGACUAAACCGACGUCGACCGAUCGUCUAUUCGUCUUUACCUCACGUUAAUUGGUAGUUAAUAGCUGUUCGUAGCCUGGCCGCUGGAAAAUGGCACUCUUAUCUUUACGUUUAGCCUCAUCCUUGGCCAGGCACUUGCCGAAUACCACAGGCCAGAUUAAUUGGUCUGUGACAACUAUUGCUUCCCGCAAGUAUCAUGUCUCGUGCAAUCGCCGUUCAGCAGAAAUUUCUGCUAUCUUGGAAGAACGCAUCCUUGGAUCAGCACCAAAGGCGAAUCUUGAAGAGACUGGUAGGGUACUCAGUAUUGGAGAUGGUAUUGCACGUGUAUAUGGAUUGAAGAACAUUCAAGCCGAUGAGAUGGUAGAAUUUAGCUCAGGUUUAAAGGGUAUGGCACUGAAUUUGGAACCUGACAAUGUGGGUGUUGUCGUAUUCGGUAAUGACAGGCACAUUAAGGAGGGUGAUAUUGUCAAACGUACUGGUGCUAUCGUCGACGUUCCUGUUGGUGAACAAUUAUUGGGUCGUGUCGUCGAUGCCUUGGGUAAUCCUAUCGAUGGCAAGGGGCCUUUAAACAACAAAUUAAGAUUCCGAAUUGGAACAAAAGCCCCAGGCAUUAUUCCUAGAGUGUCAGUCAGAGAACCUAUGCAAACUGGAAUUAAAGCUGUAGAUUCUUUAGUACCUAUUGGUCGUGGUCAACGUGAAUUGAUCAUUGGAGACAGGCAAACUGGAAAAACUGCUCUUGCCAUUGAUACUAUCAUCAAUCAAAAACGUUUCAAUGACGGUGGAGAAGAGAAAAAGAAAUUAUACUGCAUUUAUGUUGCUAUUGGCCAAAAGAGAUCUACUGUUGCACAAAUUGUAAAACGUUUAACAGAUAGCGGUGCUAUCAAUUAUACUAUUAUUGUAUCUGCCACUGCCUCUGAUGCAGCUCCUCUUCAGUACUUGGCUCCAUACUCUGGAUGUGCUAUGGGAGAAUUCUUUAGAGAUAAUGGAAAGCAUGCUUUGAUCAUUUAUGACGAUUUAUCUAAGCAAGCUGUUGCCUAUCGGCAAAUGUCUUUGUUGCUUAGAAGACCACCGGGUCGUGAGGCCUAUCCUGGCGAUGUAUUCUAUCUUCAUUCUCGUUUGCUUGAAAGAGCUGCCAAAAUGAAUGAAAAUUUAGGUGGUGGAUCGUUGACUGCUUUACCUGUAAUUGAAACACAAGCCGGUGAUGUAUCUGCUUACAUCCCUACCAAUGUAAUUUCUAUUACCGAUGGUCAAAUCUUCUUGGAAACCGAAUUGUUUUACAAAGGUAUCCGACCUGCUAUCAACGUCGGUUUAUCUGUAUCACGUGUCGGAUCUGCUGCUCAAACUAAGGCCAUGAAACAGGUUGCCGGUUCUAUGAAAUUAGAAUUGGCUCAGUAUCGUGAAGUAGCGGCUUUCGCUCAGUUUGGUUCAGAUUUGGACGCUGCAACUCAGCAAUUGUUGAACCGCGGCGUACGGUUAACGGAACUCCUCAAACAGGGACAAUAUGUACCUAUGGCUAUUGAAGAACAAGUAGCAGUCAUAUAUUGUGGCGUACGUGGUUAUCUUGACAAAAUGGACCCAUCAAAGAUCACUAGUUUUGAAAAAGAAUUUCUUGCACACAUCAGAGCCACUCAACAAGAUCUUCUUGCUACCAUCGCGAAAGAAAAUGUAAUUAGUGAAGCAUCAGAUGCGAAACUGAAGAAAGUAGUCACAGAUUUCCUCUCAUCCUUCUCGUCGUAGGGCGUGAUCAUCGAAUGUCAUUUUAAUGCGAGUCAACAUAGAUAAUUGAAGAACAUAAGAUGUUCUUAAAAUUCUGCUGCUGGUGUGCGUUAAUGUACCGAUAUUACGCAUCACCCUACAAUGUUAUUAUAUAAUUAUGUAUAAUAUCUGUACAUUAAAAAUAUUAUUGCAGCAAUUCCAUAAGACCUGUAAACUCGAUAGCCAUCUACAGUAUAUUGAUAUACAAAAAAAACGAUCUUUAAUAAAAAUUAAAACCUACAA